ACAGAGAGCAAAUUACGGAUGGACACUCUAGGUUUUAGACGUCUCCGGACUGUGAAACGCUGUAAUAGAAGAAACGUGAUUAAAUGCACGUAAGAGAGUUUAUUUAUGUGACGGACCGCUUGGUGCGCAUCUGUUUUUCAUCCGGGUUGGUGUAACUGUGUUAGACUAGCCACCGUUAGCUAGCUUACAGCCGUAGGUGUGUCACUCUACAGUAACGUUAGUUACCACGGAGCGCUUUUAGGUACAAAGUGCCAUUUAUGCGUCGUACCUGAGAAGUAGCUCCGUGACGAGGGAGAGAAUGGCGGCAGCGUUACUGUCUGAGACGGAGAUCCAACACCGCUCUAUGGCGGAAGAGGAUCCGAACGGGAACGAACACGGCGCGGCCGCACGCAGUAGCGCUCCCCGCUGGGGACCGCAGCACGCCGGAGCCCGCCAGCUCGCCCAGCUCUACUCCCCCGGUAAACGGCUACAGGAGUGGAUCUGUGUAAUCUUGUGCCUCUCGCUAUUCGCUGUUAACUUCUGCUUCCUCGUCCUCAACUUCUCCACAGUGCCCAUCUACAGAAUCAUCUUUGGCAUUGUGACAGGCAUUGUGACUGCAGACUUUGCCUCUGGAGUGGUACAUUGGGGAGCCGACACCUGGGGCUCAGUGGACAUCCCCAUCAUAGGGAAGGCAUUUAUCCGUCCAUUUCGGGAGCACCACAUCGACCCUACGGCCAUCACUCGGCACGAUUUCAUCGAGACUAAUGGAGAUAACUGCAUGAUCACCAUCCUGCCUCUCGCCCACAUGGUCUACAAGUUCCUGUCCUACACACCAGACGCCCUGGCCGAGUCCUACCCUUGGGACUGUUUUGUGUUUGCGCUUGCCGUCUUUGUGACGAUGACCAAUCAGAUCCAUAAGUGGUCGCACUCCUACUUCGGCCUGCCAAGAUGGGUCACUCUGCUGCAGGACUGCCACCUAGUGCUGCCCCGCAAGCACCACCGUAUUCACCAUGUGUCUCCUCAUGAGACCUACUACUGCAUUACCACAGGCUGGCUGAAUUACCCUCUGGACCGAAUAGGUUUCUGGAGAAGGAUGGAGUGGUUGGUGGAGAAGCUAACAGGACAGAAGCCACGCUGUGAUGACAUGGCCUGGGCCAAAAAGACAGAGUGAGAUGAUAACAAGACUGCAGCACCGUUCACUUCCACUGUCUCUCGCUCCUCUCCUCCUCCUCUGAGCUGAGUUGGGCCUCCUGGAGGGAGAAAAGCAGAAUAUAGGCCUUACCUCUGACCCCCUAAUCAAUCCUUAACCCCCUGUUUCUUUCCAACACUAGCACAAAGUUUCCGCUGCUGAGGCCUUGGCUUGUCUCUGAGGUCUGUAACACACACCGUCUCUGACUCUUCCACGUCUCCUCAGUCUGCUGGGUCUCAUUCCAGCUCCCUCCCACAGAGCAGGAAGAGAAAUUUGAAUUUAAGGCAUGCAUCUUGCAGCACAGCACUAAAGCGAUAGUAAUACAGAGUAAAGGCUGAUUAGUAAUAGUGAAUCAUUUAGUACUAAUUCUCCUACUGUCUGCUUGUCGUAGUGGCUUUCUCACAUCAGAAACCUUUGUCCUCUGGAGGUUGGGCUCUCCAAGGGCCAGGAAAUAGAUCUGUAUUUAUUGUUUGUGCUCGCCAUCGGUUUUGGGGUCAGUUUGUUUUUUUUUGUUGUUGUUUUUUUUGUUUUGUUUCAGCACAGUGUUCGUUCAGCUUUUCUUUAGAUGUUAAAUGUCCUCUGUAUUUGUCUGAAAAUGAUGUCUGUGUGUUGAAAUGUUGAAAUAGAAGAAAGCGAGUUUUGUCGUCUGUCAUGUGACCUGUGCUUUGGUGAAUGUUUUCCAUGUCCACAUGUACCACAGAGCAGAGUGCAGAUUUCAGGUUGCACGACAUGAGCACUUAAGUCCUCGAGAUAAGGGCGCCUGAUUAGUUUUUGGACUCUAGAGUCCAGCUUAUUUAAAAAAAAAAAAAAAUACUACUCACUCUUGCAAGUUUGCACUUGGUCUCAGUCAGUGAAUUCACAGUGGCGCUGCUGAGACGGAACCAGAACAGAGACCGAGCCGUUCACAUUGUCUGUAAUUCUGCUCACAUGAUCAUAACUGGUUCUUGAAUCCAUGAAGCAGAACGAGUGCAAGCUUCAUGUUGGUCGCUACCAGACUAACGCUAAAGAAUCCAACACUCCCGCCGUUUCCACUUAAUCUCUAUCCACCGCACACGUAGCAUUGUGCAGCUGCAGCGGACAGGAACUUCAACAUGUUUCCUCUGUACACAGAGAUGAUGUGCAACUCCUUAACGUUCUUGAUUCUUGUGAAGAAAUGUGUGAAAUUUGUGACUGCUUAAAGACAAACUGUUACAUUUUUACUCUAAAGUUGCUCUUAUCCAAUAACCAGUAAUAUUAAAAUCCUUUUUUCUUAAGUGUUGUGUGAGGAAACAGAGAUUAGACUGGAGUAUUACUUUUUUUUACCUCUUGUGGAUUACAACAAGGUAAAAAGAAAAAGGUCAAUUGAAAUAUAUUAGCAUGCUGUAUUUGGGAAAACACUCCUCAUGCCUCGAAUGAUAAAAGCUAUUCUGUAAAAAUGAAUUGGAGAUUUAAAAAAAGACACCCAGGUAUAUUUUUGCCUUCUUUCAAGUGCAGGUAGAAGGUUGAGAGUAAGAAAACAGCCAUAGUACAUCUGCUACACUCGUCUGUACGCUCAUCUUCCGUUACUCCAGCCGCACUAGAUGUGUUUGUUCUUUCUCUCUACGGCUUUAUAAUGUACGUAUUUUGUACUAAGCAAUCAGCCUUGUAUUUAUUCGUACUGUCCAUCUUGCAGCUAAUGCUUGCUGCUAGUCUGCCUUAAAUCAACGUUUUUAUUAGCUGUUUGAUUUAAUAAAGAUCUAGUAAGUUGCAUUUUA